GGCGACAGGAAGCGCCCGGCUCGGGGUUGGCGCGUGAAGGCGGCGGCCAAUGGGAGGAGGGUUGGCAUGGGAACGGGGGGUGGGGCCCAACUGUCACCGCCCCCCUCCUGUGUUGGCGGGAGAGACGGAGUCUGACUGAGCGGGGGCCUGAGCCAGGAUGGAGUUCAAGCGGAAGGCACCUGGGGUGGGAGCUGGCGGGGUGGACCCUGCCCCCGCGCCGCGGAAGCGGCCCAAGGGGGGCGACUGGGAGGACGACGGCCCCUCGCACUUCGAGGAGGAGCUGGCCCUGCUGGACGAGGUGGAGGCCGAGAUUGCGCUGGAGAUGAAGGAGUCUCAGCCAGCCCCCGACACGGUGCCCCUGGGGAGCCUGAUCUCCUCCGUGGGGAACCCCAAGUGGCAGAGGCCACCGCCCCCCCGGAUAAACCCUGCCCAGGACAUGCUCUGCUUCCAGCAGGUGGAGCUGGACUAUUAUGUGGGUGUCCCUGUGCCAGGCAUGCCCGGAGCCACCCAGGGCCCAGUGCCCGUUCUCCGGAUGUUCGGUGUCACGGCGGCCGGGAACAGCGUCUGUUGCCACAUCCAUGGCUUCGCCCCCUACUUCUACGUGCCCGCCCCGGCCGGCUUCCAGCCCCAGCACCUGAGCGACUUCCAGAGGGAGCUGAAUGGGGCCGUGCUGCGGGACCUGCGCUCCAACCGGGAGGGGCUGAGCCGGGCCGUGCUGGCUGUGGAGAUGUGCAGCAAGGAAAGCAUGUAUGGGUACCACGGGCAGCGCCGCCUGCCCUUCCUGAAGGUGACCCUGGCGCUGCCGCGGCUGGUGGCGCCCGCCAAGCGGCUGCUGGAGCAGGGGCUGCGCUGCGAGGGGCUGGGUGUGCUGGGCUACCCGGCCUACGAGGCCAACAUAGACUUCGAGAUCCGGUUCAUGGUGGACCGGGACAUUGUGGGCUGUAACUGGAUCGAGCUGCCCCCUGGCAAAUACUGGCUGCGCCCCAAGCAGCUCAUGGGGGAGCCCCCCAAGGAUCUGGCCAAGGCCUCGCUGUGCCAACUGGAGGCUGACGUGGGCUGGGCAGAUUUCAUCAGCCACCCCCCUGAGGGCGACUGGCAGGGCAUCGCCCCACUGCGGGUGCUGAGCUUCGACAUCGAGUGCGCUGGCCGCAAAGGGAUCUUCCCGGAGCCGGACAAGGACCCAGUGAUCCAGGUGGCCAACAUGGUGCUGCGGCAGGGUGAGCGCGACCCCUUCAUCCGCAAUGUCUUCACCCUGCAGAGCUGUGCCCCCAUCGUGGGCUCCCAGGUGCUGUGCUACUCCCAGGAGGCCGAGCUGCUCAAGGCCUGGGCGGAGUUUGUGCGGAUUGUGGACCCCGAUAUCGUCACGGGCUACAACAUCCAGAACUUUGACCUGCCCUACCUGCUGCAGCGUUCCCAGGCCCUCAAGGUUGCCACCUUCCCCUUCCUGGGCCGCAUCCUCGGGCGCAAAUCCGUCAUCCGGGACUCGUCCUUCCAGUCCAAGCAGAUGGGGCGGCGGGAGAACAAGGUCAUCAACAUUGAGGGGCGCAUCCAGUUUGACCUGCUGCAGGUGCUGUUGCGUGAGUUCAAGCUGCGCUCGUACACCCUGAACGCUGUCAGCUUCCACUUCCUGCAGGAGCAGAAGGAGGAUGUGCAGCACUCCAUCAUCACCGACCUGCAGAACGGGUCGGAGCAGACACGCCGGCGCCUGGCCGUGUACUGCCUGAAGGACGCCUACCUGCCGCUACGCCUGCUGGAGAAGCUGAUGUGUGUCAUCAAUUACAUGGAGAUGGCGCGGGUCACCGGGGUGCCGCUGGGCUACCUGCUCUCCCGGGGCCAGCAGGUCAAGGUGGUGUCGCAGCUGCUGCGCCAGGUGAGGAGGCUCCUGGGUGUGGGGGCUCCCGGGCUCGCUCGGCUCCAUACGGCUCCUGGGAGGAGGCCCCAUCCGUGCAAUGCUCCUGACGCCCGUGGCCCCGCAGGCUCCCGGCGGAAGCUGCGGCUCUACCAGUUCCUGCUGGAUCUGCUGCAGCGCGGCGCCAUGCGGGAGUGCGUGUGGUGGGUGGAGCGUGAGGCCGGCGUCUUCCAGUUCUCCUCCAAGCACAAGGAGCUGCUGGCCCACCGCUGGGGGCAGCAGAAGGGCAACCGCAAGGCCAUGACCUACCAGAAGAUGGCCCGGGCCCUGCGCAACUACGGCAAGACGGGCGAGGUCCGCAAGGUGAAGAAGAAGUUGACCUACCAGUUCGGCCAGGCCCUGCUGGGGCUGCCGGGCGCCCAGGCCCCCUCGUAGGGGGCCAGGCCCCCCGGGCGGCGGGACUGGACAGUGCACUGAGCGGCCCCGGGGCGAGGGGGGGGCCCUGUGAACAGGCCGCCCUCCCCCCCUCCCCAGCCCACCGAAAGCCACCCCGCUGAGGUCUCCCCCAGAAGCCAGGAUGCCUGGGUUCCAUCCUCGGCUCUGGGAGGGGAGUGGGGGCUAGUGGUUAGAGCAGGAGCUGGGAGCCAGGACUCCUGAGCUCCAUUUCUGGCUCUGGGAGGGGAGU